AUUUCCGGCACGCGAGCACAAACCUAGCAGGCGAGUCCGAGCGGUACCGACCGAGGCGAGCACCUUCGCAAACCUCUCCUCAACCCUCGCCGCCGCCGCCGCCGCCGCCGUGCCGGCCGCUCAGUCCCCGCCGACGCCAUGGGCAAGUUCCGGAAGCUCGGGCGCCACGCCGCGCACCGCGUAUCCAUGCUCAGGACGAUGGUGUCGCAGCUGGUGAAGCACGAGCGGAUCGAGACCACCGUCGCCAAGGCCAAGGAGGUGCGGCGCAAGGCGGAUCAGAUGGUGCAGCUCGGCAAAGAUGGUACACUGGAUGCAGCAAGACGUGCUUCUGCUUUUGUUCGCGGAGAUGAUGUUGUCCAUAAGCUAUUCACAGAGCUGGCCUACCGCUAUAAAGAUCGAGCAGGCGGAUAUACGAGACUUUUGCGAACUAGGAUACGAAUAGGUGAUGCUGCACCAAUGGCAUACAUUGAGUUUGUGGACAGAGAGAACGAACUCCGAGAGGCCAAACCUGCAACGCCACCGCCACCUCAGCGAGUUCCACUUGAUCCAUGGGCCAAGUCUCGAGCUAGCCAACAGUGGGCCGGACCUAAAGUUACCGUGAACUCCAAAUCAGAAGGCUUAUGAGAGCAUUAUCCCACUGUGUUUCUUUCUGGUGAAUGAGGCUUGUCAUGCAGCAGGAUUUUUGUGUCAGGGUAUAGUUGUCGAUAGAAUAAUUCAACUUAGAUUUGCUAUCCCUCGAGCGAAUACAGAUGCGGUGUUGUCCGCGCAAGUAUGGUGGUAUGGCGCAAGGGUCAAAGAUGUGUUAAUUUUACCAAUUGCUGAUGUAUCAUGAAAUGUUUGAAGAAUCACCUGGCAAAUUCGAGCCUGGAUCUCAUGCCAUCCACGGCCUCCAUAAAAGGUCUCUUGGUUAA